CGCGCGCGGUUGGUUUGGACCUGCGGGGCUGGUGUGUAGCGGGAUUGCCAAGCUGGAGGGGACAAUAUAGGCUAAAUUCAAAUAAAUAUGGACCCGCCACCACCACCGUCCGGGUUUAUACAAAAUGUGAACGCGUCUGCAACCGCUAGUGGGAGCAGCAUUGGGGCACCAUCGUCGAUAGGACCCCCACCAGUACCAUCCAUACCCCCACCUGCAUCCGACUCCAGUCUCGGGAAACCCGCAGACCAGAUGCCUUCAGCACAAUUCGCCGGAUCUGCACUUUCCCAAACUUCUGCAAUCACAAAAGUACCCCAAGUGCCUCCGCAAGCCAGACCUCCACAAGGCCUUGCUGCCGAGCCUUCCGCGCUGGCUACCCAUAAUCCGAUAGAAACGUCUCUGGCCUUUGUUCCUCAUGUACAAGCACCGCCCCUACCAACAUCAGGUCCACUGUUCGAAGCUUCAAUAUACAAUCCAAAUGUAGAAGUUGAACAGGUCGGUGUUCGACUGACAUUGUUACAAAGGCUUGUGGGUUGUGCAAAAUCAGCCGAGGCUGCUGUUGACCACGGUCCUGCGUUUCUGAAAGCCAUCUUCGUCAUUGUUGAAACUUACACUGGGUUGCCUCGAUUGUCCCUUAUACUAGGCCUUAGUGCAUUCUUCGCAUUGUACAUGAUCAUCGGCUACUUUGCACAGUUCAUCUGUAACUUUGUCGGGUUUGUCAUCCCCGCAUACGCCUCCAUGCGCGCCAUCGAGAGUACCACAAAGGAGGAUGACACGAAGUGGUUAACGUAUUGGGUAGUCUUUGCUCUUUUCUCAGUUGUGGACUUCUUUGCCGACGGAAUUCUCCGGUAUUUCCCGUUCUACUGGCUCGCGAAGAUAGUCUUCCUGGUCUACUGCUUCUUCCCUGCGCGACAGAACGGGUCCUACGUAAUCUACCACCGUAUCAUCCGGCCGUACUUCCUGAAGCACCAAGGAGCCGUUGACAGUGCCUAUCAGAGGGCUGCCGCCGGUGUUCAUGCAGCGGGCGUCGACGUUGCAUCGAAACUGGCAGGAGCAUCCAAGUCUGAAUAACACCCCCUUCCACAGACCUCAUUCCAAGCGCGCCAGCCAGACUCCAGUACCGUGUGAAUGCUUUGGACUCUAAACACACUUCACUAGCCUGUUGUAUCGUUUUGUACAGUUGUACUACCACCCUUCUGUUUACUCCUUUUUUUAAAGAGAGUUUUUAGAUAAGACCUAAUCAAUUGGGAGCAUAGCUUGUCGAGCAAGAAGUUGCUCCCCUAAUACCCGAAGCAAUCUUGUCACUCACAGUACUGCAGCAAAAUAAAAGGGCCUGUUUGUAA